AUGGGAAAGAAAUGGGGCACACAAGACUCGCUCCCCUCCAGAGCCAGAGCCAUAACAAAGCGAAUCAUAGAGCAAGCACUGAACGUUGAGAAUCCCCUCAAUCCGCAGAACGGCAGCUAUUUCUGGGUUUCUGAGCUGAUAAAAAAAGAGCCCACAAGCACCCUCCGGAGAGACCUCCAGCAGCACAUUUCCAAGCAAAUAAGCGCAUGGUACGAGAAGCAAAUGUGCAAAAGCAGAAACCAAAAAGUGUCCAUUUUCUACAUGCAAAUAAUGUAUUUUCUCUAUGCAAUACAGUUUGACACGGACAUGUGUGCAGCCCCAGAGGAAAGUUCGCUCUUGAAGGUGGAGAUGUCGUAUGCUACUCUGGUGUCGCUGGCCAGCAAUAACAUCCCAAAGGAAAUCGAGGAAAUUCUGGCGUAUUUAAUAUACAAGAAAGACCUUCGAAUAAUCAUGAAGUGGGACGAGUAUGUGCACAUGUCUAGCCCGGAAAUACGCAAGGCCGAGGAGAUUUUGGAUAAAUACUUCAGCGCAGUCCCCUCAAAGAAAACGAAGGAGGCACUUCAAAAGUACACGCAGGCGGUGAACGCGUACCUCGUCAUGCAGUCUAUUCUGAAGUAG